AUGCAUGUGACUGGCCAUUUGAAGGAUGUGAUGAAAGAAUCUGCUUCGAUUGCGUAUUCGUUUGCAAAACUGUUCAUGGUGAAGAACUAUCCCGAGAACAGAUUUUUCGAGGCUGCUGACAUCCACAUUCACUGUCCCGAUGGAGCGAUUCCAAAAGAUGGGCCAUCCGCAGGUAUCUCUUUCACGUCAUCUUUGAUUUCCUUGGCGGUCAACGAACCCUUGCCACCCACCAUUGCAAUGACAGGCGAAAUCACCCUUACAGGUAAAGUGUUGCCUGUUGGUGGAUUGAGGGAGAAGAUUUUAGGGGCCAAGAGAUACGGAUGCGACACGGUGAUUUUCCCCAAAGAUAUCGAAAACGAGUUGGAAGAGAUUCCAGACGAGGUCAAGAGCGGCGUGAAGUUCAUUCCUGUGCUGUGGUACUCUGACGUUUUCGAGGCGAUUUUCCCCAACGCAGACAAGAACAAAUUCUCCAGUGUAUGGAAGGAAGAAUUUGCCAAGCUAGACGAGAAGAAGAAGAAGAAAUAA